GGAGGUGAAAAAGAAGGAAAACCUUUACGAAAUCGUAUCGGUCGCAACUAACGCCGGCAAACGGCAACGAGUCGCGGUCUGAGCUUCUUCUUUUCGAAAGAGAGAGUUCGUUCUUUCUUGCAUACGUCUAUGUGCGGCGUCUUUGUCUGAGAAAGAGAGAGAGAGAGAGAGAGAGAAGAGCGGGGGAGAGGGAGAGAGAGAGAGAGAAAGAGAAGAUUUGGUCGGUCUCAGACGCAGAAAAAGAACUUUUGGCAAACAGUGACGAUCAAGCGAGUAGAGCAAACCGAUUCUCUUGCCAGUGAUUCUCCCAAAGUUUCGUGUGGAUCAGUUUCUUUGGAUUGAAUCUGUUUCUUUCUUUUUUUUUCUUGUUUUUAUAUCUUAUCGAAGUGACCAUCACACGAGACUUCAGCUCGUAUAGCCAAGAAUUUGUUAACGAGCAUCUCGCGCCCGUUCAAAAAUUACUCCGUUUUUUUUCUCCCACCGAUUCUGCAAUAUUUUUAAAUUUCCAAGGGUAUAAAGGAGAUCUUGUUUUAGAGAUUACACUGUGAUAACGCGUAGGAAAAAGAGGACAAUGGCUUGCGAUCGUAGUAUAAUGGCAUGGUUCAUCGAACUCGUUCCUCAAGUGGAAUUUUACAAAAUAUCUUAUUGAAAGAAAAAAUUUUACGGAAGCCAGAUGUGCAAUACCGACAAUCACGAUGAAUAAUGUGAGAGCGUGAGGAGGAGGAUGAUGAAGAAGAAGAAGAAAAAGAGAAGAAAAUAGAAGGCGUAGUUCUACGCAUUCGAGUUGCUCGAGCGUUAGAUAAAGAGAGAUUAUCGCGAUCUUUAAUAGCACGACCCGAAUUAACGCAUGUCUGACGUUAAACGACGGGGUCUCCACGCAUUAGUUUAUAUGCUGACACUUUGUUUUCAAAUCUCUGACGUCAGUUUCUAUUUCGGUUGUCUUCUUUUUGUAUUUCGUCGACAACGAAGAAAAUGCAAAUAGAUGUUGGAAAACACGAACGAGCCCAAGUUCUAGGUGAAGGUUGUUGCAUAGAUCGACUAAGUUGCCUGCAGGUGUUAAACAUUAUGGUGAUACUCGGUUUCAUGUUGAACUAUAUGCUACGUGUUAAUCUGACGAUUGCCAUCGUAUCGAUGGUAAUGCCGUCUAAUAAGCAUUCACAUUCCAAUAAUUCCCACGAAAUCAUUCCAAUUGAUAAUAGCAGUUUGAUGAUUGAGACUGCUAAGACCACAAUGCUAACUGGGAAUGAGCCGAUAAACGAAUCGACUUUUACUUCGACGUCGACAACUCGACACGAGGAGUUGGAGCAAACCAGGUAUCCGUGGAACGAAUAUGAGGUCAAUCUGAUUCUUGGAAGUUUCUAUUGGGGUUACAUCUGUACGGAAAUACCUGGAGGUAGAUUGGCUGAAAUUGUUGGAACUAAAAGAGUCUUUGGCUAUAGUAUGUUGGUGUCCAGUGGUAUCACUCUUCUCACCCCACUUUUCGCGAAAUUCGGAUAUGUCGCAGUCGCUGUACUUCGAAUUGCUCUUGGUUUCAUGCUGGGUGCCACGUGGCCCGCUAUUCAACCGAUGACUGCCCGAUGGAUUCCACCGACCGAACGUAGCAAAUUCGUUUCCAAUAUGAUGGCAUCCUCGUUGGGUGCGGCGAUCACGUUGCCUAUUUGCGGUUUUCUCAUUGCCUCUCUCGGAUGGGACUCUGUCUUCUACGUAACGGGAAUAGUCGGAUUGACGUGGAGCAUAGCAUGGUUCUAUUUCAUCUAUGAUUCACCCUCGCAACACCCACGCAUCUCCACCGAGGAACGAAACUACAUCGAAGAAUCCAUAGGAACUACCUCGUCCACCAAGCAUUUUCCGGUACCAUGGAAAUCAAUUUUCACCUCGCUUCCCGUUUGGGCGAUCCUGAUAACACAUGGAUGCAGUGUAUUUGGAUACUUCACGGUUGUUAAUCAACUACCUACUUAUAUGAAAUAUAUACUAAAUUUUAACAUCAAAGAGAACGGGAUGUUAUCUUCAUUGCCUUAUCUCGGAAAAUAUAUUUUUGCUUUAACGACUUCAACGUUGGCCGAUUAUCUUCGUCGUACGAACAAACUUUCGGUUACUGCUAUUCGAAAAAUUUUCACAACUUUCGCCGUGAUGAGCCCGGGAUUACUUAUGAUCGUACAAGCAUACCUUGGUCGCGAUCCUACGAUGUCCGUGGCAAUUUUUACCGUUGCUUUGACGAUAAACGGUGGAGUGACAGCGGGCUAUCUCGGAAACGGUCUUGACAUUGCACCCAAUUUUUCCGGAACAAUAUUUGGCAUAGCCAAUACGGUUAGCUCGUUUGGUGGCUUUUUGAGUAGCUUCAUGGUUGGUUCGAUUACCUAUCAAAAUCAAACGUAUGAACGUUGGAGAAUAAUUUUUUGGAUUCUCGCGGCUACUUACUGUAUAGGCGCUUUGGCUUUCGCAUUCCUUGGCACAGGAAAAUUACAAAAGUGGAAUUUUCCGGAAGUCAAUGGUUUCGGUAAGAAGACGAAAAAUUUAGAAAACGAUGCUGACGCAGAAAACAGAGAACCGUUGACCAAUAAAUCACUUUCGUAAUAUCGUUAUAAUCGUAUAGAAUCACACAUUUCCAAAGAAUCUCAAUCUAUCGACUGACUAUUAUCACGAGCAAACACGUCGCAACUAAAUAGAGAAGUAAACAAAAAAUACCCUUGUACAUAUACCCGAUGUAUUGUUUUUCAUGACGAACGUAAACGCGUUAUGACUUUCAACGAAUCAAAAUAAAGUUGGAAACAUUGUUAAGUACAAUAUGAUAUCGCGAGACGUAAUAGUUAUCGAUUAUUAUUAUCAUGACACAUUGCCAUGUAAAAAUAUGUACAAAGUAACGACAAAUACAAAGAGACAAAUUUUCGACGUACAAAGAUUAUUCGACGAAAUAUUUAUCCAGGAGGAAAGGAAAUGUUUUCACGAUCGAGAGAUAGGAUUCUAUGGAAGGUUACGAGAGCGUCGAUAAGGACGAUAUCCGUUAGCUUUCGUAAGUAGAUACGAUUCCAUCGGACGAUACGUUAUCGACGGAUAACAAAGACUACGAUAGUAUUUCUAAAAGCGAACGAGUAGUGGCGCUGGUAUUAUCAAUUUAAACGUUCGAUAGUUUAGCUAUAACGAACGAAUUUAACAUAGUAAACAAUGAAGUUUCUUCUUUGAAAUUUGAAAUAUAUUCAGGUCUCUUUUAUGUAAUCGCUUCGUGCAUCCUCGUUUCUCGUAUUCCUGGGUUUAGCGUCUAUCCUUCCGCAGACGACUGAGCAGGAGGUGGAGAAGAGAGAGGAGGUAACAACGAAGAAGACGUGGCGCAAGUGCGUCGCGGUGUCCGGCGUAGGGGCGCCCUGCGUUGCGGUGGUGCUCGCCGUGACGCGUGGCGCUGCGGCGCUCCACCGAUGUGCCAGGAGAAUAGAAAUCCGAGAAGCUAAACGAUGGUCGACCGACCGACCGACCGACCGACCGAUAAAUAACUCCUCCCUCCUACUUCUUCGCCCGCCGUCCACACACUGAUAUCGCGCGCCUUAGAGAUCACGCGUUACGCCCCACCCUGCUGCUUUCCCCCACCACGGCCACUCCCACGUGUUCCCCCCACCCCGGCCGCCUCUCCGUUCCUUACUUCACUCUUUCGCGCGAGACGCACGAAUUUACUGCUACUUAUCGGUGGCGCUUAGACGUCCGUCGAAACUCGACGCUGUUGAAUCAUUUAGCGUUUCCACCGGAAAACAUCGUGGUAUCAAUUUUUUAACAUGGCAAUUAUUUAUCUAGGCUCGUUGGAUUUAUAUUUUUACAUCUAUAUACGUGCUUUACAUCUGUAUCUAGCGUGUAUUUAUAAUAUAUACAUAUUGUACGUUCGUUCCUACGAAUUAUUUUUGGAAAAGAUUUCCAAUUUAUUUGUAUUUUUCCAACGACGAAUCACCAUCGUUAGCGUUUUAUCAACGUAGAAAUUACGAUGAGAUAAGAGAAUUAUAAAAAGAAAAAGAAAGGAGUGAGAAAUCUAUCGAAUCGCGGAUAGUGGUGCUCCGUCGUAAUUAGAUUGCUACUCUCUCAUAACAUCCGCGUUUAAUUAUUUCAUCGUGAUCGAGAGUCCACGAGCUUCUCGUAAAAUAUAUAUUUUCUAAAUGCGUAAAUUUACAUAGAGAAAUACAAUAAACUUCGUACGUCACGCAAUAUCGUUAUUCCCACGGACGAUUUCACGAGGGCGUAUUAAGAAAAUGUCUCGAAUGAAACAAUGUAGGUAGUAUCUUCCUUGAGUUGAAAGAAAUAGAAAAAUAGAAAUAGAGAAAUAGAAAUAGAAAAAUAAGGAAAUACAUUAGACAGAGUCGAGAGAUGAAAAAUUCGUCCUGUUCGGUGUCGAGACGAUAUCAUAGGAAUGUCUGGAAUUUGCGGAUUGCAGUACUGAAUUCAGUUGCUAUGUCGAGAUUACGCGGAUAGCAGGAAGUUAAAGGAGCGAGAGUUGGCUCGAAUUUGCCGCGCGGGACCGCCCGCUCGAAGAAACUUUCGUCCGGCUAACAGACACGCGAAGAAGGAAUGCACGCGUCGGUUACCUCUCGCGAUCGACUACUGCCGCUUCGUCGAGUCUCAUACUACCCUGUUACCUUGUGAUUAACUAAGGUUUAAUCAGCUUUACAAGCUAAACUUCUUUUGUCAACAUGCACGUGCAUGAUAAUCCGGAUGCUAUCUUUCCAGGCUUGCUACGAGGCUCGAUGAUUGUCGGAAAUGCUUUUCGUCGAUACCACACGUACUCCGUGUUCCAAGCUCUCGUCUCGAAAAACGUAUAUCAUCGACAAUGGAUCGAGAAACGUUCUGUUUCCCUGUCCGUCCGAUCAGACUCUAGCUUGGAUCUCACGCGAAGAUCGACGUAUCACCACGAACUUUCUUAUAUCUCUGCGAACCUAAUACCCAAAUUCACAGAAUGUUAGACGCAGAGUCUCCUCGUUCGCGGAUGAGACAACGAAGGUGAAAAGAGAUAAAGAGCGAGGCAAUAUGGAAAGCGACGUCUAACGUUAUACGUUCUUUCUUAUUGAUCUUUCUACCGCAUCGGACCGUAUGGAUUAUUUCUCGUGUUUCUUUUCCUUUUUUAUAAUACUGCAACGGUCUAGAGUUUUAUUCGUCGGUGCGCUCGAAGAAAAGAAAGAAGAGAUGCAAAAGGGAAAACAAAAGUCGUGGAAAAUCGUACUUCUUACGCGCUCUAUUCGAGCAAGAAACGCGAGACAUAAAUGGAAAACCAUAAGGUCGAGGUACGGAAUGGACGUGUAAAAAGAAGGAAAAAAGGAAAAUUCGCAGAAGCUGGAGGGUUCAAGCGACCUCCUUAUUCGUGUUCUUCCCUGAUUCUUACGUUCGCGAAUUGAUCGCACAAUGUUCGCGAACGCGCGAACAAAACGCAAAACCUUUCGCGGCACGCCAUUUUCUCGGCGUAGCCGACGUGAACGACGACGCGACAACGACUGCUAUAACGACGACUUGGCUCAAUUUAUUUAUUUUUUCUUUUGUUUCUUUUCUAUUUAUAAUGUGUUCCACGAUCUUGAGAACAUAAAGGUGCAAAACGUCGAGUGCGGAAUAAGAAUACAGACAUUGUGCAACGAGUAAGGUGUAAUUAACUCUGCGGGCGGUUGUCGCCAUCGGGAAAUUACGGCAUAUAAUGACGGCCUGACGUGAACGAGCAUGAAAAAAAACGGACAAGUUUUGCUUUGAAACGUGAAUUCGAUGGUGAUUAUCGCCUACGACUUACGAAGUAGCUUUUAUUGCAUCGUUCGUAACUCGAUUUCAAACGAAUCGUGUUUAAAUGGAAAUGGAAUGGGAAGGAAAGAAUCGAGAAGGAUGGACGAGAGAGCAUGACGACGCACCAUCGGCAAAAAAAUGUCGGAAACUAGAGUCGAAAGAAGAAGAAGAAGAAGAAGAAGAGGAAGAAGACGAAGGAGAAGUAGGAGGAGAAGAAGAAGACGAAGUCUCGACGGUUUAUUAAAGGGUUCUCCUAAUAACGUGUUUGAGAGUAAAAGAAGAAGACACGCAUCCAUGUUCAAAGUAUCCUCGAGUAAGAGAAAGGUGCUGAUGGCGGAGGAGCGAAAAGAAUGGUCGAAGAAAAAUGUCGGAGGGUCUAACGCAUCGAAAAGCAUCUCUCGGCAGCAGUUUACUUAUAGCAGCCGCCCCCGAUUCAUGGGAACAUCCUCCGGGCAACGAACGAAACGUUCUUGCUUCCGAACGGUCCUCUUCUUCUUCUUCUCCUUCGUCGUCGUCUUCAUCGUCUUCUUCUUCUUCUUCAUCUUCAUCGUUUUCUUUUUCUCCUUCUUCUUCAUCUUCAUCGUUUUCUUCUUCUCCUUUUUCUUCUUCUUCGUCUUCUCCUUCUUCUUCGAUUUCGAUUUCGAGACACGAGCAUGUAAACGGAGCCUCUUUCUAGACGGUAAUUUCCGGGGAAUGCGCCGAUAGCCCUUCUUCGUUCGUGUCGAAAAACGGUGUACCUUUGUACCUCUUUUCUCUUUCUUCCUUUUUCCCCAUUUUUGUGAUCGAUGGAAGAUGGUCCAGGAGUAAACACGACCGCUACAAUUAUUUCCAUCUUUUAGCAGUGUUCGUCCAACGUCGGCGUUCAUUCUUUUUGAAAAUAAUUAAAUCCAGGAUGGAAUCGUAAAAUGCGAUGGACGCUCGUAAAGAUAACAGAGAAAAUAAGAAAUGCGAUUCGUAAGUACUGCAGAUGUAAAUUCGUAUAACGAUUUUCGCAAUAAAUUUCUUUAAUACGUAGGAAGAUCUGGUGCUCGUUAGUACAGCGAGAAGGGUACAUUGCCUUCGAGAGAAGCAAGGAGAGAAAGAAGAAAAGGAAAACGAGAAGCAGUGAAAGGGAGAAUAGGUACGUAGGGCAGGUAUGCGGGUGAGAAACACCCGAGGCGCAUCCAGAUCCGCCCACGUUUAAGUCGCACACCCGCGUUGCUGGCCGGCACUCUUCCAUCAGGACUUGCCCCUUGGGCUUUUUCGGAAAGAGGGAGAAAGAGAAGGGGAGGGAGAGAAUGAGUAGGUGAAAGAGGAAAGAGAGAGAGAGAGAGAGAGAGAGAGAGAAAGUCGUGGUAAAGUCUCAGGACCCUAACAGCUCUUCCUUCCAGGUCUCCUCCACCUGCAGAGAGAAACACAGCUCGUGCACGCGAUCCACGACUCGAACGCCCCCGCGGGCACACGCCGUCAUCGCGCCAGCUUUCAGGAAGGAAGAAGAUCCAAGAAGAAGAAGAAGAAGAAGAAGAGAAUAUGUUCAAAGAAUAUUCGUUCUUGGUACGACUUUUAUACUACAUUUGUCUUGAAGUUUUUAACUGAUUCUUCCUAGUGGAUUUUUUAAUCGGAAAAUAUCGAUUAAUUAUUAACUCGUACAUUAUCCUUGUUUGUUCGCGAAGGCUAGUUCGUUGUUAUUUUUUAAGAACCGAUUAGGUGCAAGGAACAUUUUUAAAUUAUCCGAUAGAUGAUCGUAACUUGGAGAACUUGUCGAGGGUUGAAAAUGUGCCUUUUGAUAUGCAACCCGAUAGACAAGCGCGUGUUCGGCUGGACUAACGCAAGGAGCAAGAGAUUGCAUUUUUUUAUUUCGAUCUCUCAUUUUUACGUUAGGAAUGGUACUGUAAUUGCGGAAUAUUUUUCUUUGGGUUGUUGUUUUAUGACGGUUAAAUGUAUAGCUAGCGUUGCAUAUGUAUGUAAAGGAGAAUCAGUAAAGAAAUGGAAAUGAAUGGUAUUAAGGUCGAUUCGAUUUGGUCGUGCAUAUCGAUCCUUCGUGCAUUAUGUACGGGUGCAAUUGGAUAGAGGAGGCGGAGAUGAACUUGUAACGUACGUGGAGCGUGGGAUCGCUGGGAGGUAUACUCUCUUCAUCUUCUUCGUAUUCUUCCUUUUCUACCUCGAGGUCGGACAAUCGAUGCACGAUCGAGUAUCAUAAGAAGGAAAGAGACGAGUAGCAAAGAGACGAGUACAAUAAUGGCGGAUUAGAAUGCAAAGAGUAAUAAACUUCACCGUGACGUGGCUAAUUAUACGGCUCUUCUCUAUAUAAGGUGUCUCGAUGUAAUAGAUCCAGACGAGUAACGUUGAUACAACGUAGAGAGUUAAAUAAUAAUCAUUCAACAAAUUUUUCUUUAA